CCCUCUCCCUUACUCUUAAGCAGACACUCUGCUCUUUCUUCUUGGAUAUAAACUCAGGCCAAUUACAAUUGGGCAAAACAACACCUUGGCCAAGAAAACAUCUCUACUCAGGACACACUUCACUAACUCUCUGUCUUUGAAACUCUACGUUCUCUGCAUUUGAAGAUUGGAACUUUAGCCUCCUUGUGAAUCCUUCAAUGUUUUCCUCCAGUCAGUGAAGAACCAUCAGUCACACCCAGCUCUCUUUGUAUCAGCAAAAAACAAUAUGGAACUCCAAAAGCUAUCAAAUGGUCACCACCAUGGCUUCGUCCCUUUGGAAAAUGGUAUCCUGCAGGCGGAAGAGGAAGAGGAGAUGUUACCACAUAAGAGUGAUGGGACCAAGAAGCCCCAGUUUACAGAUUUUGAGGGGAAAACCUCUUUCGGAAUGUCCGUCUUUAACCUCAGUAACGCCAUAAUGGGGAGUGGAAUUCUAGGACUGUCGUACGCCAUGUCAAACACAGGCAUCGUUCUCUUUAUAAUCCUAUUGACAUGUAUCGCCUGUCUGUCCAGCUACUCGGUUCACCUCCUGCUUAAAAGUGCUGGAGUUGUGGGUAUUCGUGCGUAUGAACAGCUGGGCUUCCGGGCUUUUGGACACCCAGGAAAAAUAGCAGCGGGUGUCAUUAUAACCUUUCACAACAUUGGUGCAAUGUCCAGUUACCUCUUCAUUGUGAAGUAUGAGUUACCUCUGGUCAUUCAAGCCUUCCUGGGCUUGUCAUCAAACACUGGAGAUUGGUUCCUGAAUGGGAAUUACCUCAUCAUCAUCGUCAGUGUGUGCGUCAUCCUCCCACUUGCCCUGAUGAGACAACUGGGGUAUUUGGGUUACACCAGUGGCUUCUCCCUCACCUGCAUGGUCUUUUUCCUUUCCUCGGUCAUAUACAAGAAGUUCAACAUCCCCUGCCCCCUGGUGCCAAAUGGCAGCAAUCACACAACAAUUAUCAACACCACCAUGGAAGAGGAGGGACAGUGUGAAGGCAAAAUGUUCACCAUAAACCAGGAGACGGCGUAUACCAUCCCCAUCUUGGCGUUCGCCUUUGUUUGUCACCCUGAGGUGCUUCCCAUUUACACUGAACUCAAAAACGCAACGAAGAGGCGCAUGCAGGGUAUUGCUAAUGUGUCCAUCAUGGGCAUGUUUGUCAUGUACCUCCUCACUGCCAUCUUUGGUUACCUCACCUUCUACGUGAACACGGAAUCUGAGCUCCUGCACACCUACAGCAAAGUGGACCCUCUGGACACCCUGAUCCUGUGUGUGCGUGUGGCCGUGCUGGUGGCAGUCACCCUUACUGUCCCUGUGGUCCUCUUUCCUAUUCGCAGAGCCAUUCUCCAGCUCCUGUUCCCAGAGAAACCAUUCCACUGGGCACGCCACAUCACCAUCGCCCUGUGUCUCCUCUUCGUGGUCAACGUUCUUGUAAUCCUUGUGCCCAAUAUCCGAGACAUCUUUGGCAUCAUUGGGGCCACCACUGCACCUAGUCUGAUCUUCAUCCUCCCAGGAUUAUUCUACCUCCGCAUUGUUCCCACCGAACAAGAACCAAUGAAGUCAAGACCAAAGAUCACGGCUGCCUGUUUUACAGCCAUGGGCUUCAUCUUCAUGUCAAUGAGCCUGACGUUCAUCAUCAUCGACUGGACGACCGGAGAGAAACGAGCUGGAGGUAGCCAUUAGAGCACAUCCGUUGACGUAGGGGUCCAAACGCCACAGCAGCAUGCCCUGUCGCCGUGCCACUUCUUGAUCACGUCUGGAUUGUGAGGAAGAUCAAACACGGUCGAAAGGCUGGACCCACAUCAUCAUGAGUCUUACCAUACCUGCGUCAUGGUAAGACCGUUUACCCACCAAUUCACACAAAAGGACAUGCUACUCUUCCAUGGAGGCUAGUCUUUGAGGAACCCAGUGAUGUCACUUUCUUUGUGGAAGAAGUUCUAGUCAGAGAUGUCACCCAGGCAGUGUCAGAGGUGCUGAUGAGGGUGUUGCCCAUGGAAACCCCUAAACCAUUACUUGCUGCGUGCGUCAAAAGCCAUUAAGCUAGUACCUCGAAUGAAGAGCAUCUGGUGUAAAACAAAGGUGACAGAGAUAGAAGAAGAUGGGAGGAGUUAAUUUUCUCUAUACAAAGAGACUGGAUCUCUUGAACUGUCAGGCUUCCCUCGCUACCCAACUGCCAAACAAUUCACCCCACUGUUGUUUCUUGAUCAAAUAUCAACAGUGGUUUAAUCAACCAGCUUUAAGGAGAAGAGAAGAAAAUGUUGUUCUAAAAUGGAUUUACUUUUAUGUCACUUCCGAAACCUACUUCACUAUCCGUAGAUUUGUUUAUUGAACGUAAUUUCAGCUAAAUUUCUUGAGGUAAUUGACUGGUAGUGUACAGUAUUUCUCAGUAGCUGCAGACCAUUUAAAAACUAAAUGAGCCACUAAUGAUAAAUAAAUCACUUUUCAGCAUGGUCUAACUAUUUAAAUUUGACCAUGUUGCUUGAUGCCAAGUAAUGUAUUUACUCACCUUUUCCAGUUAUCAAAUCAAAGUUUAUUGUUCAUGUACACAGUUUUGCAGAUGUUAUCACAGGUGCAGUGAAAUGCUUAUGCUUCUAGCUCCAACUAUGCAGCAAUAUCUAGGAGUACAAUAACCAGAGGUGUGUGCCCUCAGAUUUGUCCUGUUUAAAAAUGGUUUUGUUGUUGUUGUUGUUGCUUUUUUGUAAUACUACCAGCCACUUAGCAAUUUUAUUGGCUUUAGCUAGCCCAUAUAGGUUCCCCAUGUCCUACACUUAUAACUAGCUAGUUAGAUUAGCUAGCUUGUCUAAAUAGCUUAACUGGUAUGCCUGCUGGCAAGGUUGGUAGACUUUAAAAAAAGCAAGCAAUAACUCAUUGUACUGAAUAAGACUCACAUUCCUUUCCAUCUUUUACCCAGAUUUAGCAGAUAUGCAGAGAAGCAUAUUUCGUUACUUAAAAAAACAGCUCAAGAGGUAUGCUUAGAUAUGCAGAAAAACAUACACAUUUUCCCCCACACAGAAUUAAGCAUAAAUAUUAUGGUUGUAAAUUGCAGGAAAAAUCUGUUUCAACUAUUUAAAAAAGGCUAAACAUAUCAAAACGAACAAUAUGAGAAUUAGUAAUGUCAGAGUCCGGAAUAUAAAUAAAUAUACAGUGCCAGUCAAAAGUUUGGACACACCUACUCAUUCAAUUUUUUAAAAACCAUUUACUACAUUGUAGAACAAUAGUGAAGACAUCAAAACUAUGAAAUAACACAUAUGGAAUCAUGUAGUAACCAAAAAAGUGUUAAACAAAUCAAAAUAUAUUUUAGAUUUUAAAAUCUUCAAAGUAGUCUUGAUGACAGCUUUGCACACUCUUGGCAUAAUCUCAACCAGCUUCACCUGGAAAGUUUUUCCAACAGUCUUGAAGGAGUUCCCACAUAUGCUGAGCACUUGUUGGCUGCUUUUCCUUCACUCUGCGGUCCAACUCAUCCCAAAUCAUCUCAAUUGGGUUGAGGUCGGGUGAUUGUGGAGGCCAGGUAAUCUGAUGCUCCAUUCCAUCACUCUCCUUCUUGGUCAAAUAGCCCUUACACAGCCUGGAGGUGUGUUGGGUCAUUGUCCUGUUGAAAAACAGAUGAUAGUCCCACUAAGCGCAAACCAGGUGGGAUGGCGUAUCGCUGCAGAAUGUUGUGGUAGCCAUGCUGGUUAAGUGUGCCUUGAAUUCUAAAUAAAUCACUGACAGUGUCACCAGCAAUGCACCCACACCAUCACACCUCCUCCUCCAUGCUUCACGGUGGGAACCACUCUGCGUCUCAUAAAGACACAGCAGUUUGAACCCAAAAUCUAAAAUUUGGACUCAACAGACCAAAUUACAUAUUUCCCCCUGUCUAAUGUCCAUUGCUUGUGUUUCUUGGCCCAACCUAGUCUCUUCUUCUUAUUGGUGUCCUUUAGUAGUGGUUUCUUUGCAGCAAUUCGACCAUGAAGCCCUGAUUCUCAUAGUCUCAUCUGAACAGUUGAUUUUGAGAUGUGUCUGUUACUUGAACAUUUAUUUGGGUUGCAAUUUCUGAGGCUGGUAACUCUAAUGAACUUGUCCUCUGCAGCAGAGGUAACUAUGGGUCUUCCUUUCCUGUGGUGGUCCUCAUGAGAGCCAGUUUCAACAGAGUGCUUGAUGGUUUUUGCGACUGCACUUGAAGAAACUUUCAAAGUUCUUGAAAUGUUCCGCAUUGACUGACCUUCAUGUCUUAAAUAAUGAUAGACUGUAAUUUCUACUUGGUUAUUUGAGCUGUUCUUGCUAUAAUAUGGACUUGGUAUUUUACCAAAUAGGGCUUUCUUCUGUAUACCACCCCUACCUUGUCACAACACAACUGAUGGGCUCAAAAGCAUUAAGAAGGAAAGAAAUUCCACAAAUUAACUAUUAACAAGGCACACCUGUUAAUUGAAAUGCAUUCCAGUUGACUACCUCAUGAAGCUGGUUAAGAGAAUGCCACGAGUGUGCAAAGCUGUCAUCAAGGCAAAGGGUGGCUACUUUGAAGAAUCUAAAAUCUAAAAUAUAUUUUGAUUUGUUUAACACUUUUUUGGUUACUACAUGAUUCCAUAUGUGUUGUUUCAUAGUUUUUAUGUCUUCACUAUUACAAUGUAGAAAAUAGAAAAAAUAAAGAAAAACCCUGGAAUGAGUAGGUGUGUCCGAACUUUUGACUGGUACUGUAUAUGUAUGUAAAAUGUGUUUUAAAGACAGUAUAUGAAUAGAAAAAGUGUGUACAGCAGUAGCUAUAUAUGAUGAGCCAUGACUAGAAUACAGUAUAUACAUAUAAAUUGUACAUACAUGUACAUAUAAAGUGAGUAAAACUGUCACGAUCGUCGUUAGGAGAAAGAGAGGAGGACCAAGGCGCAGCGUAAUAACAAUACAUCUUCCUUUUUAAUGAAGACGAAACAAACACUUUUACAAACUAACAAAACGUGAAGCUAUACAAAACAAAUAAGUGCAGACACUGGCAACUUUAAAACAUAGACAAUUACCCACAACCUACCUAAUGACUAUGGCUGCCUAAAUAUGGCUCCCAAUCAAAGACAACGAUAGACAGCUGUCUCUAAUUGAGAACCAAUCUAGGCAACCAUAGACUUACAUAAACACCUACACUGAACACAACCCCAUGAACUCUACAAACACCCCCUAGACAAUACAAACACCCUAGACGAGACAAAAACACACAAACAUCCCCCAUGUCACACCCUGACCUAACUAAAAUAAUAAAGAAAAACAAAGAUAACUAAGGCCAGGGCGUGACAAAAACAGUAUUUAAACAUUAUUAUAAUGACCAGUGUUCAAUGACUCUGUUCACAGCAGUCUUUAAGGUGCAGGAGCAGUCAUUCUUUUCUGUAUCUCUAUAAGAAUCAUUCUGUAGAAUCAGUGUCUUCAAGUUUGGCUUUUAAAUAUGCUGGACAGUAUGGUUUCAAUUCGGUAUCCAUCUUCACCACAAUAUUCUGAACAAUUAAAUCACACAUUUCUAAACACAUCAAGAGAUCAAAACAACUGGGAAGUGAACCCAAAAUAAUUUGAACAAUUUAAUUAUCAUAUUUUCUUCAUUUGUGACAUUUCUUAUGCUGGUGCUAUUGAAAUAGGUGGGUUGUUCCCACGAAAAUAGUGCCUUUUGCAUCUCUUUGAUAUUUUAAGUUGAAAUUAUGCACCAAUAUUGAAUUUUAAAAGCAUGUUAUAUUACACAAAGUGCUUUUUAAUAUAGACAACAUGGAGUGCCCUUUAAUAUAGACCACAUGGAGAAUUCAAUAAAUAAAAACGAAAUUAUAUGAAUUAAGACUUUAUGCACUUCUAGGAAGACUUUAACUCACUUAACCUCAACAUUUCUCCAACUUUUCACCAUCAUUGUAAAGCCCUAGUUAUUUUGUUGCUUUGACAAAGUCAUGUCUGAAGACUAUUACUUAUUUAAUGUGAUUAGUGAUUCAUACAUCUUUCCCUUAUUUUAAUGUCAACCCUGUUACGUGAACAGAACUCUCGUUUAAAUAUGGUGAAACUAUUCCUUUAAAACAAAUGUUUUUCAAAAGAAACAUUGUACAUCUAAUAGUCAAAUCAUAGUGUAAAAGCAGGUGAGGUGGUUCUACUCUUUUUGGCCAUUUUGUGAUGGAAAACUGAGCGGAUCGAGCAUAACAAGCCAACCCUGUUACCCAUAGAUAGACAGACAUUCAAUUACCACUUCCUGUUGCACACAACAAGCUUCCAUUCCCCCUGUCACAAGGGGAUUUAUGGCUGAUUUAAGAUGGAAUCGUCAACCCUGUUACUUUAUUUGGCACUUACUAUAGUCUUUAAAAACCUCUUGAGAUGGGAAAAUGUGUUUCUUAUAAAGUUGAACGUGCUCUUUAUGACAAAAAUGUAAUGUUUUUUUGGACAAAGUUACACUUCUCAAAAGGCUGCAAAUUAGUGGAACGACCCAGGUAAUCUGCAAUAGUUUCUAUGUAUACUUAAAAUCCAACUAAGCAAUAAGGCAAAAAUGAAGAAGCAAGUUCCAUAAAAACUGAAUGAUGGCAUUCAGCUGUGUCUUAUUUGACAAAUACAGUACACACAGCACAACGGGAACAUUCCCAGGACAUUAGCUAACAUUCCCAUUCAUUUCUAGUUCGGGUUUUAUAUAACAUUAGGAUGAAAACAUCCCCCCCCCAAAAUUACAUUUUCUUUUAUGAAAUAUCCUUGGAAUGUUCUCCUAACAUUCACUAAAAUGUUGUGCACAACAUCUGUAGCAACCACCACAAAACAUUCUCCUUAGGUUCUAAUUAGGUUUCCAGGUAGUUUAAUAACAAAAUGUUCUUGCAUCAUCAGGGGAAUGUUUUAUAAAAAUAUAUAAUCAUGAGCACAACUGGAUAGUUUCAGGGCAAACUAAUUAAUGUUUUGGGAAUGUUCACAGAACCAAUUCUGGUUUGCUGGGCAGUCUGUCCAGCUAGUCAGUCAUGCAAUGCAGCAUGUGCUUAGGUAAAACUAUUGAAUAAGGUCAAAUAUUGGGAAGCAAGAGGAUUUCAGAGCCUAUUUGGGCAACUGAAUUAAUGUUUAGGAAGGACAAGGCUGAGUGUCUUGAAGAAAUUGUUACAAAAAGGUAAGCACAUUUUGUGUAUGACAUGGCACUAUUGUCUAUGAUUUAUUUCCAAUAAAUAUGAAUGGUUGUCAGUAUUUAUCGAGAAA